CAGAACAAUGACUAUGUUAUCUGUAAAGCUAAUUCUUGGUCUGGUGUUCCUCUCAGUGGCUGCUGAGGCCGGCAGUAAGUUUUGCAAGAAAAAUGUGCCAAUAUUAGAAAAUUGUCUUGAGAGAGGUUACCAAGCGAAAAUCUUCAAGAACUGCACAACAACAGUUGAGAAGAUGAAGAAGAAGGAGAGGAAAAUUUGUGCUAAAGUGGAGAAGAAAAUAUCCAAAAAAUGCGAAUCAUUCGAAUGUGGUGCUGCUAAUGAAACAGAGGUGAUUUUCCACAUCAGAGGUCCCAAAGCUCAAGAUGCAAUAAUAGGACAAGGAAGCUCUAUAACUUGCUCAAUAGCUGCUUCUGAAGAAGAUCACACCUUUGAAAUGUACGUUAACGGACAAUCUUUCUCAAAACUCUCUCCAGAUUCCCCUUGGUAUAGCGCUGGAUUCAACAGAAGUACCUACGAUUGGAACAACGGCACAAUUUCUACUGACAUAGAGGGGUUGGUUAACAACUUUACAGCAGGUCACAACGACACUUCAAUAUAUUGCACAUCCUACAAGUACUCCGGACACGUCUCUCUCAACAUCACUCUGCAGUCAGAUAACUCAACUGAUAACCAAACAGAAACAGAGGUGAUUUUCCACAUCAGAGGCCCCAAAGCUCAAAAUGCAAUAAUAGGACAAGGAAGCUCUAUAACUUGCUCAAUAGCUGCUCCUGAAGAAGAUCACACCUUUGAAAUGUACGUUAACGGACAAUCUUUCUCAAAACUCUCUCCAGAUUCCCCUUGGUAUAGCGCUGGAUUCAACAAAAGUACCUACGAUUGGAACAACGGCACAAUUUCUACUGACAUAGAGGGGUUGGUUAACAACUUUACAGCAGGUCACAACGACACUUCAAUAUAUUGCACAUCCUACAAGUACUCCGGACACGUCUCUCUCAACAUCACUCUGCAGUCAGAUAACUCAACUGAUAACCAAACAGAAACAGAGGUGAUUUUCCACAUCAGAGGUCCCAAAGCUCAAAAUGCAAUAAUAGGACAAGGAAGCUCUAUAACUUGCUCAAUAGCUGCUCCUGAAGAAGAUCACACCUUUGAAAUGUACGUUAACGGACAAUCUUUCUCAAAACUCUCUCCAGAUUCCCCUUGGUAUAGCGCUGGAUUCAACAGAAGUACCUACGAUUGGAACAACGGCACAAUUUCUACUGACAUAGAGGGGUUCGUUAACAACUUUACAGCAGGUCACAACGACACUUCAAUAUAUUGCACAUCCUACAAGUACUCCGGACACGUCUCUCUCAACAUCACUCUGCAGUCAGAUAACUCAACUGAUAACCAAACAGAAACAGAGGUGAUUUUCCACAUCAGAGGUCCCAAAGCUCAAAAUGCAAUAAUAGGACAAGGAAGCUCUAUAACUUGCUCAAUAGCUGCUCCUGAAGAAGAUCACACCUUUGAAAUGUACGUUAACGGACAAUCUUUCUCAAAACUCUCUCCAGAUUCCCCUUGGUAUAGCGCUGGAUUCAACAGAAGUACCUACGAUUGGAACAACGGCACAAUUUCUACUGACAUAGAGGGGUUCGUUAACAACUUUACAGCAGGUCACAACGACACUUCAAUAUAUUGCACAUCCUACAAGUACUCCGGACACGUCUCUCUCAACAUCACUCUGCAGUCAGAUAACUCAACUGAUAACCAAACAGAGUGGACACCCAUCUUCAACUCAACAUCCAACGAGGUCGGACCCUUCACCUCCUCAAACCUCCCAGUAUUUAAGUUGAAGUUCACUGAAAAUAAAGUGGCAGACAAAUAUCUAUACCAGGGUGUAAACGUCAAUCUGUACAAUGGAAAUGGAACAAGACUUGGUCAUACAAACUUCAUUAUCUAUGCCAGAAUUGAGGAUGAAGAGGUUCUGCUAACGGGUUACAAACGGUUCUAUUUCAAUGGACCAUGGUCAGGAAACAGAGGUUGCUCCGAGUAUCUCAACUUGGACUAUCUUGAAGAUUUCAACUUUGAGAUGAUUACUUCAGUUGGAUCGGAGGAUAUGUUCCAGUUCGCAACAUCUAGCGGAGAAAGCCACAGUGAGAGUAUGGGAGACUGCAGCAGCUACUCUUCCUGGCAGAACAUGUUGUUGGAGGCUGAGAGUGCUGACUUGGGGAUAAUAACCUGGGUGAGCGACCUGCCCGACUACUUUACUACUGAGUACACCGUGAUGCAGUUCUGAAGAUUACUUUACUUACUUAGUAAAACAUAGAGACGAUAAGUUUGAAUAUUAGGCAAUUCUGGGCAAUUGGAGAUAGUUGAAUCUGCAUUUAUUUGCUUAGUAUAGUUAUAAAAGAUAAAAACAUUUUUCAAGUAGUUUCAAAUAUUUGGCUUGUUCUGAUACAGAAAAUGUGUCUAAAACUGAUCUGUCAUCUGAAGUGAAGAAAUUAAUAAAUUAUGGAAAAGUGCUGUAAACUAGCGUAAAAUGCGAUCUCAAUAUGCCUACAAUUAAAAUAUGAUAGAAUUAAAACUAUAUUAGAUUUAAAACUAUAUUAAAGUCAGCAUGUUUGUAGUAUUCAAAAAAACUGUCUUAUUUCUGCUAAAUAUUAAAUAUUACCGUUG